CCAAAACCCAUGAAGCAGUUUUCGUUUUGAUGUGUCUUUCAGCAAAAUGAUGCUUCAACACCCAGGCCAGGUCUCUGCCUCAGAAGUCAGUGCCUCUGCCAUCGUCCCCUGCCUGUCUCCUCCGGGGUCACUGGUGUUUGAGGACUUUGCCAACCUGACACCCUUUGUCAAGGAGGAACUGAGGUUCGCCAUCCAGAACAAGCACCUCUGCCACCGGAUGUCGUCUGCGCUGGAGUCGGUCACGGUCAGCGACAGACCCCUGGAGAUGUCGGUCACGAAAGCCGAGGUGGCUCCUGAGGAAGAUGAGCGGAAAAAGCGGCGACGGGAACGGAAUAAGAUCGCAGCCGCUAAGUGCCGAAACAAGAAGAAGGAGAAGACCGAGUGCCUGCAAAAAGAGUCGGAGAAGCUGGAGAGUGUGAAUGCCGAACUGAAGGCCCAGAUUGAGGAGCUCAAGAACGAGAAGCAGCAUUUGAUAUACAUGCUCAACCUCCAUCGGCCCACCUGUAUUGUCCGGGCUCAGAACGGGCGGACUCCGGAAGAUGAGAGAAACCUCUUUAUCCAACAGAUAAAAGAAGGAACAUUGUAAAGCUAAGCAGCCAUGGUAUGGGGGCAACUGGGGAGUCCUCACUGAAUCCUCCUUUUACACCCCAAACCCGGAAGCUGUUGGAGAUCUGAUUCCUGUGCGCCUCUAGGAUCCCAGCAGCAGAGACCCACGGAGGCAGGAGGGCCUCUGCCCUCGGCCCCAGGGUGGACUUUGGACCAGGGCGAGUGCAUUGUUGCCUCAACUCCAGGUUUUAGGGUUGAUCACAGUGGCCAUUCUUAGAUGCUCCGGGUGGCCCCUGGGACGGUCCUGCCCACCUUUCCUUCGGAUUCGACAAAACCCAGGAGUCCCACCAUUAGGAUUCAUGCAAGACAGUGUCCGUACCUUGGGCGGGACGGGCCGUCUCCUCUGCCGCUGCAGUCACUGGUGGGGAAAUGGGGUGAGAAUGGUGGCCAGCAGGUUGUGCAACAGCCCGGGUUGUGCUUUCUAGCAAAUAUGCUGUUCUGUGCAGGAAUCACUGUGUGCAAGGCGUUCGUUCCAGAACCGUGCAUUGCGCUCGUUGAUGUUUGUUUGUUCCGCACAGCCCUGGUGUGGCUUUUAUAGGACUUUCUCAGAUCCGAUUCCUGAGGGUCUGGAGACUGUCCCCAUGUGCAGUGUCUUACAGAGUGUUCGGGGGCUCGAGGGGCUUGUGAGCCCCGGCAGACAGAAUCCCCUGCAGGCCCGCUACAUGGCUCUGCCAGCGGGGAAGGCUGCCUUUUCCCUGGCUCCCAGGCGUUCAUGUGAAAUCCAUGGGCGUGAUUGUAGGCCCCCUGCCGCAAAUUCAGUUGUAAUAUCACAGGAAGGAUGCAGAAAGAAAGAGCCAGCUUCCAAGGGGUCAGGACUGCUCCGUGACUUAGGUCAGGAGGUGUUUGGAGGCCGAAGAACCAGAGAAUUCCACUUUUCUUGCGGUUGAAAACCACCGUCAGGGGAGACAUGUUUGAAGCCAGGGGAUGUCCAGGCUUUUGCAUUAUUGGCUGCUGAUGGCAUUGUUUAUGUCAUUUAGAUGUUUUUAAAAAUCUGGCGCAGAGCAUUUGCCGCUGUGAGAAGAUGCGCUGGUCACAAAGACUGGCUACUGUCUGGCUGUGGAAAUUCUGAUGUUUCUGUGAAAUCCUCAGAGUGUUUAAUCCUGCUCAAUAUUAUCAUUACAAUUUUCUGUAAGAGAAACUAUUACUUAUUUAUCCUAGUAUUCUUAACCUGUCAAUAUAAUAAAUAUUGGAACCGAGAUGUGGUCAGCUGGUUUCUGUUCCGUUAGACCUGCUGGUUGCUGGGGUUUAGUUAAUCCCCCCUCCAUUUCGGGAGGAUUUAAAUAUCCUCAAAGGGUCAGCUUUGUUCCUUGAGGUGCCAUGAGGUGCGAUCGUUGGCCAUAAAUCCUGUUCCUCAGUCAAAGGCACCCAAUUGCUCAAUUUCCCGUCAACAGACCCUGAAACACAGUCCCAAGUAUAUCCUUUAGACAAACUGUUCCGUGUUAAGAUAGAUUUUUGAUAAUAAAACCUGAAUUGCUAAAUACCUCAACUAUCAGUUUCUCUGAAUGUACAGACCUCUAAAAUGUACAGCCUGUUGUUCAACUUAGAACUUUGAUUCCUUACAUGCUGCCUCAGAACGCCUCUUAAAGUAUUAUCCACUUGAAUUACAUCUGUUACAGUGUCCAAAUGUGUGCCUUGUUGCAAAUAUGUAUUUCAAAUAUCAGGAAAGAAUUAGGUGGGGGCAGAGAGGAAGAAAGAGAAAAAUGUUAGGAUGGGUGUGAUAAUUCAAAGAAAGGUAUUCUACCUGAUUUCCUGGAGUUUUCAGGGCAUAGGAUUCCUUAAACUCGCUGCCACCAAGUUGAUUCCGACUCAUAGCGACCCUAUAGGACAGAAUAGAACUGCCCCCUACGGUUUCCAAGGCUGUAAUCUUUAUGGAAGUGGAUGGCCACAUCUUUCUCCUAUGGAGCGCCUGGCGGAUUCGAACCACCAACUUUUUGGUUGGCAGCCGAGCGCUUUAACCGCUGUGCAACCAUGGUUAAGCUGCCAUGGACAACCAUGGAUUUGAGAGGAAGGCAGGUGGUGGGACCUAGGGCAGGAAAACUGGUCUGAGAAACGCACUGUUCACGGUUAGUGUAACUAAGUUCUUUCAACAAAUGCAUUAAAGGCCGUUUUGUUUUCUGUAGACAAGUCUGUUACGUUUUGAUACUUCAAUAAUAAUAAAAUGAUGGAUAUGUAUUUACUGUCAAAUUGUUUAGUUCAUCUUGCUUCACAUU